AUGGGCGCGACCAGCAGCUCCGAGCUGCCCAUGACCGAGCGCGACUUUGACUCGUACACGGGCAAGCGCUACACUAUCGAAGUGCCCGAUACCCGCGACGCCACUCACGGUCCCGUCUACCAAGUGCCGGAGCAAGAGCCGCUCGUUGAAGCCGAGAUGACGCUCUACCACCUUUUCCGACACGGCUGCAGCAUCGAAGACGGCACGCGGCCAUUGUAUGGCCAGCGCGUCAUCGAGCCGGACACUGGCCGGGCCGGGGCUUUUAAGUGGACCACGUACAAUCAGGUCAAAACUCGUGUGGCCCACAUUGCCACCGGCCUCACCGCCGUCGGUGCUAUGACGAGACAAGCAAAAGUCGGUAUCUUCGGCAAGAACCAGCUCGAGUGGUGUCUAGUCGCCCAUGCGUGCGACUCCAUGAGCUACGUCCUCGUGCCGCUCUACGACACUCUUGGACCGGACGCAGUGCCGUUUAUUGUGAACCACACGGAGCUCCGUGUGCUGUUCUGUGGCUUGAAACAAUUCCCGAUUGUCAUGGAGUGUGCAGGUCGCUGUCCGACCCUUGAGCUCGUCGUACAAUUUGAACCAGUGACGUGGCAACAGGUCCAAGAAGCCAAGGCCAAGCACAUUGAGCUCCGGAGUUUGGACGAGCUCGAGCUACUGGGCAAAGCAGCUCCACAGCCAGCAGAUCCACCAUUGCCAACCGACGUGUCGACGCUUUGCUACACUUCGGGCACGACAGGAGACCCCAAGGGCGUGAUUCUAUUGCACCGGAACUUUGCUUACGUGGUGCGACAAGUGUGUCGUCGGAACCACGUGUUUCCCUCGGACGUGCACUGCUCGUACUUGCCAUUGGCGCACGUGUUUGAGCGUGCAGUGCUGGGCGCCGUGCAACAAUGUGGGGCUUCGGCAGGGUUCUAUCAGGGUGAUUUGUUGAUGUUGAUGGACGAUCUAGCCGAGCUCAAGCCCACGGUCUUUGUGUCGGUGCCGAGGCUGUUUAACCGCGUGCAUGACAAGAUUAUGCAAGGCGUGGCAGCUGCUGGAGGAAUGAAGAAGUGGAUGUUUGAGUACGCUCUUGCAAGCAAAAUGACCGGUGUAUCGGAUGGACACAAGACCCACGCGUUGUGGGAUGCUUUGGUAUUCUCGAAAGUCCGGAUGGUGCUAGGGGGUCGUGUGCGUCUUGUGUUCUCAGGAUCCGCACCUUUGAGCCCGGAUGUCAAGGCGUUUAUGAAAGUUGUUUUCUGCUGCGACGUCUCGGAAGGCUAUGGACUCAGUGAAACGGCUGCUGCAGUGUCUGCAGGGGCAGUUGGUAUGCCUAUGGGAGCUCAUGUCGGCACGCCGCUCAUGUAUGGCCAGGUUCAGCUCGAAGAUGUGCCGGAAAUGGGCUACACGAGUCGCGACAAACCUCGGCCGCGCGGAGAGAUAUGCGUGAAAGGACCGAUGCUAUUUGCUGGUUACUACAGAGAUCCUGAGAAGACUCGCGAGGCGAUCGAUGAGCGUGGAUGGUUCCACACGGGCGAUAUUGGCUGCUGGAAUGCUGACGGUACACUCAGCAUUAUUGACCGGAAGAAGAACAUCUUUAAGUUGUCUCAAGGCGAGUACGUGGCUGUCGAGAAGAUCGAGAACAUUUACGCCAAGAGCAAAUAUGUGGCGCAGCUGUUUGCGUACGGUGAUUCACUGCAGAGCUGUCUUGUGGGUGUGCUUGUGCCGGACCCCGAAUUGGCUGAGGCGUGGGCUCAUGAGCGCGGUAUGACUGGAGAAGAUGCGUCGAUCGCAAAGGUGGCGGCCAACCCAGAGUUCCAGAAGACGGUGCUGGCAGACAUGGCUCGGGUGGCUAAACAAGCCCAACUGCGAGGUUUUGAGCUCGUCAAGGCCUUGCACUUCCACCCCGAGCCAUUCUCGCUGGAACAGGGUCUGAUCACGCCUACUUUCAAGCUCAAACGUCCCCAGCUCAAGGCGCACUUCCAGCAGCAACUUGACAAGCUGUACGAGGGACUGAAGUAG